AUGCUUCCAACUGCAGCGCUGAAGGAGACACCGUACGAGUUAUGGAAUGACGAAAAACCGGACCUAAGGCAUCGGCAGAUAUUUGGAACGCCUGCAUUUGUGUACGUACCAAAGGAGAAACGGACAAAGCUGCAACCGAAGGCGGUGAAGAUUCUGUUCGUUGGCUAUUCUUCAAAUCAUAAAGGCUAUCGAAUGAUUGGUCCAACAACGCACAAACUGGUGGUCAGCCGAGACAUUCCAGCUACGAUCCAUGGGGAAUGUGUUCCGGAAGACGAGGACUCCUGCACUGAAAUGGAUGACGAUUUUUCCGAAGCUACAAGUAUCAGCUUGCUGACGGAUGUUGACGAUUCUAUUGUCGGUGAAGAAUACAAUGAUCUGGAGGAGGAGGUCGCAGUUGAAGGAGACGGUAUCAAACGGUCGAUGCGAGAGAAUAAAGCUGGGUUUAGAUAG